AUGGUGUUUGCUAUUCCGUCUCGGGAGGGUAGCCGCGUGAGAAGUGGUCCGCGCACGUACAAGGAGCAGCCGCCCGUGGUAGGUCAGUGCCCUCAGAAAAGAAGACAAGAGGCGUCAAGGGGAAGAGCAGGGCUGAAUCAAACGAAACCAGAUCUCCCUCCCUCGUACGAGGAAGCGACCUCAGCGGCUGGACUGCACGGCCCAGGCGCGCAAUCGUCAGAUAGCACACCUCCGCUCGAGGGAACAUUACCAUCCCGUCCGCCGCUGGAAACGGCGAUGAUAUUACCACGCUCGUCAUCUGCGCGGCGCUUCCCUCAGGCAUUCAACAUCUAUCUCGACGACAGUGGGCUCUCGUUCACGCUAGGCGAGCACAGAAACACGCCCAUCUACGCCGGUCGAUUCCACCCGUCCAGCGCAGCUACACUCGGGCUCUACGCCGGACCGUCGGCAGAGACCUCUCCCAUGCUAGCCACGGUGGUCAACUCCGCCGGCAGCGGCGACGCAACGAUCAGUCUCCUCCCCUUGACGAGCGAUGCUCCUCCCGUCGAGGUCACGAUCGCAUCGCACAGGUUCAGAGUCGAGAUUGGCAUCGCCGGGGGUGUAGGCCAUCCCGAGAUCUUUGAGUGGCGAAACAGCAGGGGCAAGGCGCUGGUCGAGCUCGAGGCGCACAGCGGGUGGGAGCUAGUCCGGAUGGCCCAGUACCCGCCCCCGGGUGUGACGGCGGAUUUCGAGCCCGGCAAGUACGAGACGGACGAUGGGAGGGAGGUGGUGGCCGUCUGGGCAGAGGUGAAGCUGAGCAGCACAAAGUCAGCCAAGUUCAAGUUUCUUGACACGGGCAGUGCCGGGGUGCUGGGGGAGCAGUGGGAGAUGGUGGCGGUGGUGAGUGCGCUCGGGCUAUGGGAGAAGCAGACGAGAGCGAAGAGGUGGAGGGAAUCUUGA